AUGACGAAGGCAACAGAUGAACGGUUGGAGACGGUUGAGAUGGAAAUGAAAAGGCUGCCGAUGAUCAAGGAGAACAUAGCAUUACUAGCCAAAAGCAUCGCGGAAAUGAACUCUCAAAUCGAUAAGCAGGCGCAGCAGCAGCAAGUGAUACUGAAGUAUAUUGAGGGAAUCGUUAAGGAUGAUUCUCCUGGACGAAGGACCGAAGAAGGGUCCACGAGCAAGGUCACCAUGGCCGAAGCAAUAUAUCCAGCGACUGCCGAAGAACCGAAGUUAGAAGUAAAAACAGAGGAGGAGCGAUCAGUGGAUCGGAGCAAAUUUAAGAAAGUUGAAAUGCCAGUCUUCGACGGGACCGACCCCGACUCGUGGCUGUUCCGAGCAGACCGAUACUUCAAGAUACAUAACUUGACGGAUUCAGAGAAACUUACCGUGGCAGUGAUCAGUUUCGAUGGGCCGGCGUUGGACUGGUACCGAUCACAAGAAGAGAGGGAAGCUUUCACCGGUUGGGAUGACUUGAAACUUAAAAUGCUGGUGAGGUUCCGCGCGACCAGGGAAGGUACACUGGUGGGCCGAUUCUUAACGAUCAAGCAGGAGUCCACUGUCGAGGAGUACCAGAACCGUUUCGAUAAACUACUGGCACCGGUGGCUUCCCUGCCUACGGUGGUGCUAGAGGAAACAUUCAUGAAUGGGUUAAAUCCAUGGUUGAAGUCGGAGGUAGAAACCCUGGAGCCCAUUGGGCUGGCCCAAAUGAUGAAGUUGGCCUUGAAGAUAGAAAAUAGAGAGCUGGUCCGAAGGGAAUGCGGGCUGGUCAGCGCCUAUGACAGCAAAACCGGCCAUAAACAACAGCAGGCUAGGAGCCCCAUCGCAGCAACCACGAAGGAAGGAACGGUCAGUGGAAGUUGGCCAAUGAGAACGAUAACACUGAGAGAGGUGGGUACGGGAGACAACCGUCGGGAAGGGCCCACGAAACGAUUAUCUGAUGCCGAGUUCCAAGCUCGAAGGGAAAAGGGGUUAUGUUUUCGCUGUGGGGAGAAGUAUUUCGUAGGGCAUCGGUUCAAGUCAAAGGAGCAUAAGGAGCUACGAAUGCUGGUAGUCAAAGAAGGAGGGGAGGAACUGGAGAUUGUGGAGGAAGAGUUUUUUGAUGCCGAAACUGAGAUGAAACCAGUAGAAGUGCAGAACGUGGAGAAUUUAAACAUUGAACUGUCGAUCAACUCAGUGGUGGGACUGAACAAUCCGGGAACCAUGAAAGUAAAAGGAAAGGUGGGAGAAGAAGAAGUGGUGAUCUUGAUUGAUUGUGGGGCGACCCACAACUUCAUCGCAGAGGACUUGGUGACCAGGUUAGGAUUGACAUUGCAGGAGACCCCAAACUAUGGAGUAAUCCUGGGCUCAGGAACAGCAGUCAAAGGUAAGGGGAUGUGCCGAAAUGUUGAAGUGCAAUUGGAUGGCUGGAAGGUGACCGAUAGCUUCCUACCACUGCAGUUGGGGGGAGUUGACAUGAUCCUAGGAAUGCAGUGGCUUCAUUCUCUUGGGGUGACCGAAGUCGACUGGAAGAGGUUAGUGCUUACUUUUCAUCACCAGGGGAGGAAGGUUGUGAUACGAGGGGAUCCAAGUUUGAUCAAAACGAGGGUAAGUCUGAAGAAUCUAGUGAGAACGUGGGGAGUUGACGAUCAGGGAUUCCUAGUAGAAUGCAGGACAUUAGAAUGCGGGAAGUUGGAAGAUGAACAGGAUCAGGAGCAGGGAAAGGUCAACGCGGAACCAAUAGCGACCCUGCUCAAGCAAUUUGCCCGCGUGUUUGAAUGGCCCGCGACCCUUCCACCCCAGCGCAGCAUUGAACACCACAUAUACCUGAAGAGUGGGACUGACCCAGUGAACGUACGGCCAUAUCGAUACGCGCAUCAUCAGAAGGAAGAAAUGGAGAGAUUGGUGGAUGAGAUGCUAUCUUCAGGGAUCAUACGGCCGAGUAAGAGUCCAUACUCCAGUCCUGUACUGUUAGUGAGGAAGAAAGACGGGAGUUGGAGGUUCUGCGUAGAUUAUCGGGCGCUGAACAAUGUCAGAUACCAGACAAGUUCCCCAUACCAGUGA